GCGCGGGGUGGUGCUCUUCUUGCGAGCUCCGGAGGCACUGAGAGGCAGCCUGAUUGACUCCUUUUGACAUUAACCGGAAGCGUGGGAGACUCCGCGAGCCCAGACACCCGCGCCCGCCCCGCGAGCCAGUCAGGCAACGAGCAAAAGUCUCGCUCCUCCAAAGCGCACCUGGGCAAGCGAGGCGAGCUGACUUGCGGGAACCAGGAGCUCCUCGGUCGGCGGGCACCGCCAAGUGGGCGUCCCUCCAGGAAGAUUUUUUGGUGGUAUAUAUUGUCAUUAUGAGAUGUUGUCUCUCGGUGCUUCAUUUGUGCAAAUUAAAUUCGAUGACUUGCAGUUCUUUGAAAACUGUGGUGGUGGAAGUUUUGGGAGUGUAUAUCGAGCCCGAUGGAUAUCUCAGGACAAGGAGGUGGCUGUGAAGAAGCUGCUUAAAAUAGAGAAAGAGGCAGAAAUCCUCAGUGUGUUGAGCCACAGAAAUAUCAUUCAGUUUUAUGGAGCUGUUAUUGAACCCCCAAACUAUGGCAUAGUUACAGAAUAUGCUUCUGCUGGGUCAUUGUAUGACUAUAUUAAUAGCAACAGAAGUGAAGAGAUGGAUAUGGAUCAUAUAAUGACCUGGGCAAUGGACAUAGCUAAAGGAAUGCAUUAUUUACAUAUGGAGGCUCCAGUCAAAGUAAUCCAUAGAGAUCUGAAAUCCCGGAAUGUGGUUAUAGCUGGUGAUGGAGUACUGAAGAUUUGUGAUUUUGGGGCUUCAAGGUUUCACUCCCAUACAACACACAUGUCUCUAGUUGGUACUUUUCCUUGGAUGGCUCCAGAGGUUAUCCAGAGUCUCCCAAUAUCAGAAACAUGUGACACAUAUUCGUAUGGUGUGGUUCUCUGGGAGAUGCUAACAAGGGAGGUCCCCUUUAAAGGCUUGGAAGGAUUACAAGUAGCUUGGCUUGUAGUAGAAAAAAAUGAGAGACUGACCAUUCCAAGCAGCUGUCCUAGAAGCUUUGCGGAGUUGAUGCUCCAGUGUUGGGAAGCAGACCCAAAGAAGAGACCCUCUUUCAAGCAGAUCAUUUCGAUUCUGGACUCCAUGUCAAAUGAUAGCAAUCUUCCAGACCAAUGCAACUCAUUCCUGCAUAACAAGGCAGAAUGGCGAUGUGAAAUCGAGGCCACCUUAGAGAGGCUGAAGAGAUUGGAACGUGAUCUGAGCUUUAAGGAACAGGAACUAAAGGAAAGGGAAAGACGCUUGAGAAUGUGGGAGCAGAAGCUAACUGAACAAUCCAACACGCCGUUGCUGCCAUCGUUUGAUAUUGGUGCGUGGACUGAAGAAGAUGUGUAUUUUUGGAUGCAACAGCUCGUUAGAAAAGGUGAUACAUCUGGCGAUAUGAGUAUGUAUGCUAGCUUGUUUAAAGAGCACCACAUCACAGGAAAACGUUUACUUCUUCUGGAAGAAGAAGAUUUGAAGGACAUGGGAAUUGUUUCCAAAGGACACAUCAUUCAUCUCAAGACUGCCAUUGAGAAGUUAAGUCAGGAUUUCUUCAAUAUGUUUCAUUUUCCACCUCUGAUUAAGGACUCUGCCAGUGAAAAUGAGGCCAGUGAGGAGAAAGUGCUGAAUCUGGAGCUUGUUUUUGGCUACCAUUUAAAACCUGGGAAUGGUCCUCAGGAUUGUAAAUGGAAAAUGUAUAUGGAAGUGGAUGGGGAUGAAAUUGCAGUAACUUACAUAAAAGAUGUGACAUUUAACACUAAUCUACCUGAUGCCGAGAUUUUAAAAAUGACAAAGCCUCCAUUUGUGAUGGAGAAGUGGAUUGUGGGGAUAGGAAAAGAUCAGACUGUGGAAUGCACUGUGACUUACGAGGCUGAUGUCCACACUCCCAAAUCCACCAAACAUAUCCAGCAGGUGCAAUGGAGUCAGGUGAAACGGCAGGAUGAAGUGAAAUCAAUACAGCUGAAAAUACAGACAUCUCUCUCAAACGUGGAAGGCAACCCUCGGAGCAGAUCCAAUUCUAGCAUUGACUGCCAGUGGAUGAAUGCACUGAAAAUGCACCGUGUGACAAGCAGUCCUUCUCUCCAACAUUCCCGCCCCCACAGUCCCAACAACUUAACCCAUUUUUUACCUUACCUUCACAAUCAAGACACUUAUGCUGCUGCAGUGAGGCGGACUCCAUUGCCCACUACCUAUCAUAUUACCCCACUCAAUCAGUCAAGAAGCUCAUCACCAACAACCUAUUUAUCAUCUUUACAUCUGAAUUCCAAGGGAAGCAGCAGCUCCAGUGUGGCUUCUGAUAGUCCAUCCGAAAGGGGAAGCUCCAAAAACAGAAAUAACUAUCACAGCAGCAUCUCUCCUGGUGGGUCCACAGCUGGAAAGCGUUUUGUAAGAAGCCCAGCAGCUCAAGGGACAAUGAGAAAUGCUGGGAAAUAUCGCAGGUCUUCCCAGUCAACCUUCAAUCAAUAUCAACAUCUGCCAAGGUCACAGGAGAGAAAACACAGUCAUUACCUGCAGCAGCUCAAAUCAAUACCAGGGAUGCCCUUGAAUACUGAAACAGAAGAAGAAGAAGGAAGCAAAGCCAAUGAAGGUGGAUGGGUAAAAGUCAAUUAUUCAAAGAAAUCUUACCGACAUACUGUUGGCAAACAAAAUAAAGAGAAAUCAAAAGGCACUGGAACACUUCAGAAAAAAUCCCACUGAUGCUCUUUCAGAAAUAGGGUUUAUUUUUUAUUGCACAGAACACUAACUUUUCAUGGAGAAUGUUUCAAAUUGUUCUUAAAAUAGUUGACAAUGAAUGUGAGAGUGGAUGGCCUGUGACAGAAAUCAUCUGGGAAGAAUGCCAUUAACGCAGCCCGAUGGCUACAGUUUUCACACAUUACAAGCCCAAUAUAGUCUUCUGCCUGAAUCAAAGAACAAGAUGGCAUUUCUUCCUUCCCUGUGAAACAACACUGCCAAUGCAUCUGACAGCAGCUGGGUAGUGUUAUUGGGCCUGAAGCAAGCUAUCUUAGGUGCCAGGGGGAAUGCAGAGGGAUUACAGUCCCUGCCCACAGCAUCUGGCAUCUGAGACUCCACUGAAAUGGUAUUGCUGAUCAGCCCCUAAAGGUUCUGUUUCUUUAGUUUGCCUGCUUCUAAUCAGGUACUUUCUACUUAAGCUUAAUAUUUCUAUUAGCAUUAUAUUAUACGUAGAUCACUUUGCUUUGUUAUUUCCAAUACCCUGAUACAAUGACCAAAAAAUUACUAUUUAAACCUAAAUAUGGUGACUGAAAAAAUAGACUGCAGAAGUUAUCCUUUCCAUAUUUUGAGCUCUUGAGGUAGUCUACUGAAUUAUUUUCUCCUUGGCUUGAUUUCGUACCAGCACCUCCAAGCUACUAUAUCAAUCCUCCAUUUAGAGAUAAGCCCCAUCUACUUCCAUUGGAAUUAUUUUUAUGGUUAGGGAAAAGUGUAACAGCUUCUACAAAGAACAAAAAUAUUACAGUAAGAAAAAAGGCCUUGAUAAUCCUAAUUGUUUUUGGUACAACUAUUUAUUAAUAUAAGGUUAAAAUUUUAUUCAUUGUAUUUAACUGUACUCAGACUGUGUGUUGUCUUCAAGUAAUAAAAAGAAACAUAAUACUUAUUCAUA